ACAUCAACUUAUGACGCAGCGAGUUGUGAGUGGUUCCAAAUGCGUGCAACUUUUUUGUGGACACUACAUGAUUGGCCAGCAUUGGGUGACAUCUCAGGGUGGAGAACAAAGGGCCAUUACUCUUGUUAUACUUGCAACGAUGAACCAUAUUUUGAGUCAUUGAGAAGUAAUACUGCGUACACAAAUCAUCGAGCCUACUUGCCGGAAGAUCAUGCUGAACGGAGAAAGAGGCUGGCCUAUAAUGGUAAGCCUGAGAAUCGAAAGAGGUCUUUAGAGUUGCCGGUGGAAAAGAUACAAGAGCAAUUGAACAAUGUAAGCGGGGUCAUCUUGGGAAAGAAUCCAGCCAAUAAGAAAAGGAAACGUCACAAACCGAACUGGACAAAGAGAAGUAUUUUGUAUGAACUAACAUAUGUGAAGGAUAGGAAACUUCUACACAACAUUGAUGUCAUGCAUUGUGAGAAAAAUUUCAGUGAAAAUAUUGUUGGAACAAUGUUGGGCAUUGAUGGAAAGAACAAGGACACGGACAAGGCACGAAAGGAUUUGGAAGAUAAGGGCAUACGAAAAGAUCUGUGGUUGACACAACGUCCCGACGGAUCGUAUGUCAAGCCUUGUGCGAGCUUUGCGCUAACCCUUAAAGAGAAAGAGGCUUUCUUUGAAUUCUUGAAAUCGGUCAAGUAUCCAGAUGGCUAUGCAGCAAACAUAUCAAGGUCCGUGAAUUCAACUAAUGGUCGACUAACUGGCCUAAAAAGUCAUGACUACCAUAUACUUAUACAACAGAUUCUUCCAAUUGGGAUGCGUGGUUUUGUGGAUAAGGAAAUUAGUACAACAUUAUUUGAGUUGGGUAGUUUCUUCCAAGACCUCUGUUCUAAGACAUUGAGGCGUAGUGAAUUGGAGAAAUUAGAAGACCGCAUAGUGCUCAUACUAUGCAAGCUUGAAAAGAUCUUUCCUCCAGCCUUCUUUGACGUGAUGGUCCACUUAGCUGUUCACCUACCACGUGAGGCCAUACUUGGAGGACCAGUACAUUAUCGGUGGAUGUACCCAAUAGAAAGUUUGUUUCUAAUCGAGCUUGACCAGAAGGUUCGAUUGCAGAGGCUUACAUUGUCAAGGAGUGCAUUACUUUUUGCUCGAUGUAUCUUGAUGAGGUUGAAACCGUGCAUAAUCGACCUCAACGAAAUGAAGACUUUGGCGAACGUCGUAAAGGCUACACAGUAUUCACAGGGACAACUCGUCCUUUUGGGCUAGUCACAAGGAAUGGUGAGAUGUCACAAGAACUCCGUGACAUGGCCCAUUGGUUCAUUUUGUUAAACAGCCCUGAGAUAGAGGAGUAUCUAGAGUACGUAGUUGACUUUUUUAUGUGGCUCUGAUGACAAUGAUAGUAUUUCGGCUAUUAAUGACAUUCUUUUUUGAAUAGGGAACACAAAAAACUGUUGCAUGUUUCAAAUGGACAAAACAUAACCAGUGUGCAACGAAAAGUCUUUCCAAAGUGGUUCAAAGAGAAGGUAAGAUACUUGAAAUUCUUUUAGUGAUGCUAGUCAUUAGUAUUUAACGAACCAUAACUUAAAUUUAGCUAGCAUAACUAACUUUUCCUUGGUUAUAUAUACUACUUUAGGUAAAUCGGUUGAGGGCUAACAAGUCAAUAGAGGCAACCGAUGAACUAUGGUCAUUAGCAAAUGGUCCCAAUUUGCUAGUGAAGGAGCACUACGGUUGCAUAACUAAUGGGUUAAGGUUCCGUACGAGAGAAGUAGAUGACCGCCGUAGGAGUCAAAAUAGUGGCGUGAUUGCUCAUGGAGACCACGAGGGGAAGAUGCAUAAGUAUUAUGGUCACUUGAUGAAAGUUUGGGAAUUCGAGUACAUGUGUGAGAAUACAGUCCUUUUGUUUCAAUGUGAGUGGUACAACACUGGCAACACAGGUCGAAAUGGCACUAUACGAACUGAUAAAUACUGCACAAGUAUUAAUGUUAAGAGUCGGUGGUGUCAAUCUGGCCCAUUCAUCUUGCCUAGCCAAGCAAAGCAAGUUUUCUACCUAA